UUUAAGAUGUCCAUUCUAUCUCUACCAGUAAUUCUCCUAACUACUGCUCUAUUUGUCGGUUUUCUGGCGAUGUUUUGGUCACGUGAUGACGGGAAUCUCCCGCCCAGGGAACCGGGACGUCUGCUCGUGGGAAACGUAGACAUCAAAACAGAUGCUGCUAUGCUAUUCGACCUACAGAAGAAACACGGCGAUCUGAUAACGUUGAAGGUUUUUGGUCAGACUAUUAUUGUCGUCUGUGGUUAUAACACAAUCAAAGAAGUUCUAGUUAAGCAUGGCGAAUCAACGUCUGCCCAUACUACAUCGUUUGGAUUUUCAGAAUAUUUUGAACUAUCAGGUAUCUUUGGGGCAUCCGGAACAAAAUGGAGGAAUCAACGAAAAUUUGGACACGAAACAUUCCGAUCUAUUGACUCGGGGAGCAACAAUCUCGAAUCCCGGGUUUUAGAGGAACUACCCGACGUCUUCCAGGAAAUAGACAAGAUGAAGGGGACACCAUUUGAUGUAAGCAGGCUCAUCAAAACAAGUCACUACAACAUCAUAUCCUCUCUCCUUUUUGGACAAAGAUUUGCCCACGACGAUGCCACUCUCACAAGACUGGUGGAUCUACUUGAUGAAGUCAAUAAAAUAGUUCCUGAACAGUUAGCUUUAAACUUUAUGGAAUGGCUGAAGUACGUACCAGGGGAUCCAUUCAAAGUUAGAAGGAGACGAUUCCUGGUUGAUGAAAUCUUCAAAAUCGUUGAAAAGUCAGUUGACGAGCACAAAGAAACACUUGAAAAUCCCAAGUCCGAUGAUUUUAUCCAUAGCUUUUUACAGGAGCAAGGAAAAAGGAAAUUAAAUAAAGAAAGCUUGGAAGGCUUUGCGGAUAGGGACAUCCUAAUUUUGGGAUAUACAUUAUACUUCACCAGUGCCCCGGUCGUUGAUGUGUUAUAUUGGUUCAUUUUGUACCUUAUGCACAACCAAGAUGUAGUGGUACGCAUGCGCAAAGAAAUUCAAGAAAAUGUUGGAACCAAUAAGCCGGUUACCAUGGCAGACCAAGAGAAGCUCCCCUACUGUCGUGCUGUUAUGUAUGAAGUCCUUCGGAUGUGUUUCACCAAGGUGAAUCUUUCGCCAACACACACAUUCUCAGAGGACCUUACUGUCAAUGGUUACACGCUACCAAAAGGUGCUUGGCUGAUGGCGGCCUUGUGUACGGUCAACUUGGAUCCGAACAUUUUUCCGGAACCUGAAAAAUUUAAACCAGAACGAUUCAUCAACGAAAACGGCCAGUUGUUUGGAUAUUAAAAGGUUUAUGCAUCCUUUUCAAUGGGUCCUAGAGACUGUCUGGGCAAAAGUCUCGCUAAAAUGGAAAUGUUUCUUUUCCUAACAACACUAGUACGGGACUACGAUAUUGAAAACGAGGCGGGAAAACCCCUUCCGUCACUAGAAGGAACGUCUAAGGGAUUUCGCGUUGCUGAUCCCUAUCAAGUUUGCUUGAAAAAGAAGGACUAAAUUAGAUGAAAAAAGGAAGAAUUGUUUAUUUUAUUAGUAUAUUGUACGCAAAAUUAUGAUCGAUUUCUCUCUAUACUUCAUGCAGUUUAUAUAAUUACGACAUGAGACAAAAGAAUGAUGUAGAAUUGUCGCCUGGAAAUAAAAGGUGAAUAAAUAUUUUUCUGAAAGAAAUUCUUAAAUUUUUUUUUACAUGUAUUAUAUAUAAGAAAUGUAUAUAUGCCUUAAGCUCCUUAAAAUCUAGCAAUCACAUUCAUUGAAGAUAUCAA